AUGGAUCGGGUGAGGGGAGAAUACGUGUCACAGAAGAGUAUUGGUGGCUCCAGCACGCCCGGAGCACCGGCGUCGCCGCUUCAAAAUCGGAAUUUACGAUCGGGCUCGGCGGCCAAUUCUAAGAGGCCUCAGAACACGGCCGCGAAGGCGGCGGCCCAGCGCCUCGCCCAGGUCAUGUCUAGCCAAGGCGCUGGCGACGAGAGUGAUGAAGGGGAAGAUGAUCUGUUGUUUGAUUAUGAUUCUUCGAGCACCGUCGGAAUUGGUCUUUCUGCUGGCAGGGGAAACAGACCGUCUCUUCCGUCGUUUCAUUCAGUUGUUCGUGACCACUCUUCCAUUAGAAGAGCUGGACAAGCUGAGCAAGGUGCUCCAGUUCGCUUGGGUGGUCGAUUAUCUCAAGCCUUAAACUCUAUGGAGAAAUUACAGCCUCCUUCUGUUCGAUCAACUUCAGCUGGCCGAUCAGUUCAAAACCAUAACAGUACGGAGGAAGCCCAGCCACCUUCUAAUUCUUCUUUAGAUCAAGUACAGCCUCCUUCUGCUCGCUCCACUUCAGCUCACCGAUCAUCUCAGGCAGCAAUCUCGGUUGAGCAGGUGCAGCCUCCUUCUGCUCGAUCAAUGGCAGCUGGUCGAACAUUCCCCACAAACUCUGCGGAACAGCCCUUAUCUGCUAAGUCUGUUUCAGGUGCUCGAAACAGUAAUCUAGGAGUGAAGACAUUUCCUCUGGUACCUCCUAGUAUACCGAUAAGGCUUAGGCCACAACCUUCUAUGAUUUCAGGAGAGAUUCCCACGGAAAUUCGAAGAGAUAAAAGUUCAAUGAGGUUAUCUUUAGAUAUGGGAAGCCUGCAUUUAGGAGAGCUUGGCACACAAAACUCUACAUCUGCGCUACAGGAUGAGUUGGAUAUGCUUCAAGAAGAAAAUGACAGCUUACUGGAAAAGCUUCGACUUGCAGAAGAGAGGUGUGAUGAAGCAGAGACAAGAGCAAAGCAGCUAGAGCAACAGGUUGCAAAUCUUGGACAAGGAGUGUCACUGGAAGCCCGCCUUUUGAACAAGAAAGAGGCUUCAUUGCAACUAAGAGAGGCUGCUCUUAAAAUUGCUACAAAAAACUAUGGUGGUGGUAAUGAAGAGAUUCAAACUCUUCGUGCAGAAGCUGAGAUAUCUAAGGACGAAGCGUCCUCUGCCCUUGAGCAGCUUCUACAAGCCGAAAAAGAGAAUAAAUCUAUGCGGGUGAUGACACAGAGAAUUGUACUCACCCAGGAAGAGAUGGAAGAAGUUGUUCUUAAGAGGUGCUGGCUUGCUCGAUACUGGAGCUUAUGUGUCCAGUAUGAUAUCCUUGCAGAAAUUGCUAGAGCAAGGUAUGAGUUCUGGUCAUCGUUUGCUCCUCUUCCAGUUGAAGUUGUCGUGGCUGCUGGACAAAUGGAAUCAGACGAGAACUCCUUAGCAUAUGAUGAUACAAGGGAAAGGGAGAAGAUACUUACAGAAUCUGUAGAUCCCUACACUGAUGGUAACAUUGAGAGCAUGCUUUUUGUGGAGAAAGGUCUUAGGGAAUUGACAUCAUUAAAGGUUCUCUGGUUAUGCAUUUCAUGUUCAAUAGAGGAAUCUGUGGCACUUGCAAUGGCUCAGACUCGAAGGGGAAGUUCAAUAUACUCCAGUUUAACAGAUAACAUCCAAUGGGCUCUAAUUAGUUGUUCUUUCUUCUAUCUUGCUGCUAUUGGUUCAGAUGAUCCGAAGCUACCAAUUGAGGGGCAACCUUUCCCUGAAGUAUUUGAAUUGACCCAAGAGGAGUCUGAAGAUUUUACAUUCAAGCGGUUUCUUUUGCAGUCUUGGCUAUUAUAUUUCUGGAAAAGAGCAAAAAACCAUGGGCUAGAACAGGAUAUUGCAGAUGAUCGUAUCCAGUUCUGGAUUGACCACAACAAUGAGUCACCAACCUCAAAUGAUGCGGUUAAUGUUGAGCGUGGGCUAAUGGAACUAAGGAAGUUGGGGCUAGAGAAUCAGCUGUGGGAAGAAUCUCGCAGGCUCAUCGACGAAGAAUUCAGCAAUAAAAUGAGUGUUCAGUCUAACUUCUAGUGUCUUUUUGCUUCUUUAAUCUUUGUUUUAUUUGGGUGCCUCUGCAUUUUUACAACCUCAUUCUUUCUAUUCAGUUAUUUAUGCCUAGUUUAUCACUCAAUCUUUUGGGUUAUUUAGUUUGAAGGGAUAUGUUAUAUUU